AUGUCAGUCCUACUCGAGACGUCGCUAGGAGACCUCGUUAUCGAUCUUGAAGUUGACGCAUGCCCAAAAACUUGCGAGAACUUUCUCAAGCUAUGCAAGAUCUAUUACUAUAAUCUCAAUGCUUUCUUCAAUGUGUCGAAGGACUUUCUGGCGCAAGCAGGGGAUCCAACGGCGACUGGAACAGGUGGAGAAUCAGUAUGGUCGGUCAUAGCCACAGACAAAUCGGUUCCACGGUACUUUGCGCCAGAACUGCUUCCAAAGCUGAAGCACACUCACAGAGGCACCGUCUCGAUGGCUAUAGCGCCUGCACUUGAAGGGCAGGCGGCGGGAUGCGGGAGUCAGUUCUUUAUCACACUGGGCGACAACAUUGACUACCUAGAUGGCAAGCACGCUGUGUUCGGCCAUGUGGUCGAAGGACUCGAUACACUGGACAGAUUGAACGAGGUGUACGUUGAUCAGGAGGGGCGACCGUUAAAAGACGUUAGGAUCCGGCACGUGGUGAUACUAGAUGAUCCAUUCCCCGACCCUCCCGGCCUUGUCAAGCCACCAUCUUCUCCCAUACGCCCUCCGGAUAACUCGACCCGAAUCGCAGAAGAUGAGGACCCUCUUGCCACGCUGCCCGAAGAGGAUGAGGAACGCAUACGUCGGGAGAAGGCUGCAGCUGCGUCAGCACUUACGCUCGAGAUGGUUGGCGAUCUCCCUUUUGCGAAUGUACGGCCCCCGGAGAACGUCCUCUUCGUAUGCAAACUGAACCCAGUCACGCGGGACGAAGAUCUUGAGCUUAUCUUCUCGCGAUUUGGGACAAUAAUGAGUUGCCAGGUUAUUCGGGACAAGAAAACUGGCGAUUCUCUACAAUACGCUUUCAUCGAGUUCGAUAAACGCGACGAAGCUGAAGCGGCGUACUUCAAAAUGCAAAACGUGUUGGUCGACGACCGGCGGAUCUGGGUUGAUUUCUCCCAAUCUGUGGCAAAAACUAACACCUCUUGGUCAAAUGAUAUCAAGAGAGGUCCCCGCCGGAACGGAGGCUUUGCCGGUCGAGAAGACCUCGAACAGACAAGAAGAUACAGAGCUGAUGGCGCUGGCGAUGAUAGCCAUGACAAAUACGGCAUGGUCUUUGACGUUCCCAGUAGUAGCAAUGGACAUCGCCGAAAACGCAGCAGAAGCCGAGAGAAGGACGGCGUUCGAGACGAUCGUAGAAGGAGAUCAAGGUCGCCCAAAGCAAGCAGUCGUGGUGGACGCCGGAGUAGGAGUAGAAGCAGAGAUCGUCAUUCUGGGCGGGCACGGCGCUAUUGA